AUGUCCCGCCCUCCUCCACCACACCAUCUCUACCCCACUCCCAGCACACCCCUCCAAAUCCCAGAAGGCCUUAAUCCAUCCCCGCAAACCAGACAUCCUGAAAGCUCCAAAGAAAAUUCCAGCAUGCCCAAACCUCAGAACCGCCAAAAAAGACCACCCGCUACCUCCGCUCCCGCAACUGGCGCGACCGCACCGCCCCCUCCACCUCUUCAUUCAGCGAAGACACCAUCCAGCGCCAACUCAACUACCUAG